GGUGGGGUGCAGUGGGCUGAUCUAGGCUCACGACAGGACCCAGGGACAAAGAAGAACUCGACCUGUGUAGCCUACUCCUGUUCUCCCAGGAGGCCAGAGGAAGCUAUAGGGAAAACCUGCUUUUGGCAGAAGGUGCCAGGCUUCUCGAGGAUGACACAGCUGAGUGUGUCCUGGCUGGGUCUGGGGCCAGGGGCAGCCUCCCCCUGGUUGCUCCUGAUGCUUAUCGGGGCCUCUUGGCUCCUGUCUCGAAUUCUGGCCUGGACCUACACCUUCUAUAAAAACUCUCGUCGUCUCUGGUGUUUCCCUCAGCCCUCCAAACAGAGCUGGCUCCUGGGUCACCUGGGCAUGGUCACUGCCACGGAGCAGGGUAUGAAGAAAGUGGCUGAGCUGGUGGCCACCUACCCCCAGGGCUUUGUGACGUGGAUAGGCCCCUUCCUCCCCUUCAUCAUUCUGUGCCACCCUGACACGGCCCGAUCUGUCCUCAGCGCCUCAGCUGCGGUUGCACCCAAGGACAUGGUCUUCUACAGAUUCCUGAGACCCUGGCUGGGGGAUGGGCUCUUGGUGAGUGCUGGUGACAAGUGGAGCCGCCACCGUCGCAUGCUGACACCCGCCUUCCAUUUCAACAUCCUGAAGCCCUAUGUGAAGAUUUUCAAUGACAGCACAAAUGUCAUGCAUGCCAAAUGGCAGCGCCUGGUCUCCCAGGGCAGCACCUGUCUGGACAUGUUUGAGCACAUCAGCCUGAUGACCCUGGACAGCCUGCAGAAAUGCGUGUUCAGCUUUGACAGCAACUGUCAGGAGAAGCCCAGCAAAUAUAUUGCCACCAUCUUGUUGCUCAGUACCUUUGUGACAAGAAGAAGCGAGCAGGUCCUUCUGCACGUGGAUUUCCUGUACCAUCUCACCCCUGAUGGAAAGAGAUUCCGUGAGGCCUGCCGCCUGGUGCAUGACUUCACAGAUGCUGUCAUCCAGGAGCGGCGGCGCACCCUCCCCAGUCAGCGUGUGGAUGAUUUCUUCAAGGCCAAGGCCAAGUCCAAAACUCUGGAUUUCAUCGACGUGCUUCUGCUGAGCAAGGAUGAAGAUGGAAAGGAGCUGUCAGAUGAGGACAUACGAGCAGAGGCUGACACCUUCAUGUUUGGAGGCCAUGACACCACGGCCAGUGGCCUCUCCUGGGUCCUGUACAACCUGGCGAGGCACCCGGAAUACCAGGAGCGCUGCCGGCAGGAGGUGCGAGAGCUCCUGAGGGGGCGUGAGCCCGAAGAGAUUGAAUGGGAGGACCUGGCCCAGCUGCCCUUCCUGACCAUGUGCCUCAAGGAGAGUCUGCGGCUGCACCCUCCAGUCACCGGCAUCUCCCGCUGCUGCACCCAGGACGUUGCGCUCCCCGACGGCCGGGUCAUCCCCAAAGGUGUUAUUUGCUUCAUCAGUAUUUUCGGGCUCCAUCACAACCCCGCUGUGUGGCCGGACCCCGAGGUCUAUGACCCCUUCCGCUUUGACCCAGAAAACAUCAAGGACAGGUCACCUCUGGCCUUUAUUCCUUUCUCCGCGGGGCCCAGGAACUGCAUCGGGCAGACCUUCGCCAUGGCCGAGAUGAAGGUGGUGCUGGCGUUGACUCUGCUGCGCUUCCGCGUCCUGCCCGACGCCGCCGAGCCGCGCAGGAAGCCGGAGGUGAUCCUGCGCGCAGAGGGCGGGCUGUGGCUGAGGCUGGAGCCGCUGAGCGCCGGGGCGCAGGGAGCCCCAAGGCCUGACCAGGAAUCCAGCUAACCCCACCCUCGUUUGCAGACCCUGGAAUAAACUGUGCUGUCACCUGUG